AAUCUCAUAGUUACAUCUUAGUGCCCAUUGCAGCAUGGGUUCAUCUACUGAUUAUAAUAUGCUAGUGCCCAUAAUCGACCUCUCCCUACUGCAAAAAGAUCAUCAAACUAGGUCACUUGUCAUCAAUCAAAUCCGUGAAUCUUGCAGAACUGCUGGUAUCUUCGCUGUUAUAAAUCAUGGCAUACCUGAGACCAUUGCAGAAGAAGCUUUGACCGUGAACAAAAACUUCUUUAACUUGCCCCUGAACAUCAAGGAGGAAUUCUUUUCUCCUGACAUGUAUAAACCGGUUAAAUACGGUACAAAUCAAGGCGAAGCUCACGGCAUCUUGUGGGAAUAUUUGAAGCUGUAUUCCCAUCCUUUUGAAAAAUUCGUGGAUCUAUGGCCUAAAAGUCCACCUGAUUACAGGGAAAUAAUGGGAAACUGCACAAUGGAGAUGAGGAAAUUAUCAAUUCAGAUAUGCGGAGCUAUCAUGGAAAGCUUGGAUUUGGAGGCAACAUAUUUGAAAGCAGAAAUUGAAAAAGGCGUCCAAAUGGUUGCGAUAAAUAGCUAUUCAUCAAUUUCUGGAUCAAACAUGAAGAUAAUAGGUGCAUCCCAACAUUCAGAUUUUAGCGUCAUCACUCUUCUUCUGCAGAGUUCUUUAGGUCUUCAAGUCAUGGACAAAAAUGAUAAGAAGUGGAAAUCUGUUCCUGUGAUUAAAGGGGCUUUACUAGUCCUUGUUGGAGAUCUUUUGGAGGUAUUGAGCAAUGGUGAAUACAAAGCCGUCUUGCAUCGAGCAAUCCGAACUUCUGGGAAUGACACUAGACUUUCUAUAGCCAGUUUCCAGAGUUUGGAAAUGGAUGAGAUCCUUGAGCCUGCUAUGAAACUUGUGAACGAAGACCAUCCUGAACAAUAUAGGGGCUGCUGCUUAAGAGAUUAUCUCAAGCAUCGUGCUUCUGGAGAAUCAAAGCCCUUCGUUGAAACAGUUAAGAUCACCAAUUCUGCAACAAUACAAUGAAAUUAUGUCUGAGGACAAGCUCAUUUGACAACAUGAUUUUCUUUUGUCCUUUUGAUGACAAUUUUUUAUGAAAUGUUCUUCAACUAA